UAUCGAGGCUUUUAACUCCUCAGAGAAGGGAUUUAUGAAUUCCAGUCGACUAAUUGGAGAUUGGGUUCAGGUGUCAGACUUGAAAGAUUCCAUGGGAGAAAGAGAAAUGUCUGAAAUAAGAGAAUCUUUACAGAAAAGAAAAUCCAAGUACAUCAAAACGCAGCCAUUGUACCAGAAUUAUUGGUUGCAGACCAUGCACAGAACCCCCCCAAAACCUGCACAAGACUCUUCUGUAGUGGAUGCAACUCUGUCCCUGGCUGGCUUUGUUGCAUCCUCCAUACUGAAUUCUUCCUCCCAGCUUUCUCCCAAAGAUUCCAGCUUCAUGUUCUGGCAUCAGGUCCCAGAGGUGAAGAACAGUGGCCUGUUGGAUGUACUUACUGCCCAAGAGCACAAGCUGCAGGAGGCAAUGUUUGAAGUUAUUACAUCAGAGGCUUCUUACCUGCGCAGUUUGACUGUGGCUGUCAAUCACUUCAGUAAGUGUCCGGAACUGUUGGACAUACUGACUCCCACAGAGAGGCACACACUGUUCUCCAACAUGCUGGAAGUGAAGGAAGUAAGUGAGAGGUUUCUGCUGGACCUGGAGGAACGUCUGGAGGAGAACAUUUUUGUCAGAGACAUCAGUGACAUUGUGCUGCGGCACUGCAUUGAUUUUCGCAGGGUCUAUGUUCCAUAUGUCACCAAUCAGAUGUACCAGGAGAAGAUGCUGCAGCAGCUCAUGCUGAAUGAUGAAUUUGUGCAGGUCCUGAAGAAGUUGGAAGUUCAGCCCUUGUGCCAACGGCAGCCCUUGAAGUCCUUCCUCAUCCUGCCGUUCCAACGAAUCACACGAAUGAAGAUCAUGCUGGCGAAUAUAUUGAUGUUGACUUCACCAGAAUGUCCGAUGUUGGAAUCAGUCAGGAGAGCUGUAGAAACAAUUGGUGAGAUAGUGCAUGCAUGUAACGAGAAUGUAAAGAUGAUGAGACAAAUUGAGGAGCUGGUCUCUCUGGAGAAGAGGUUGGAAUUUGUCAGUACCAAGUCUCUUCCUCUAAUCUCCCAAACUCGCUUCCUGGUCAAAGAAGGGGAGCUCAAUGAGCUGUCCAUCCCUGAAUCUGGACACAAACUGGGAAAUGCACCUAAAGCUAUAUACCUUCAUCUAUUUAAUGACAUCUUGUUGCUGUCUCAGAAAGAAGAAGAUAAGUUUUCUGUUGUGGACUAUGCCAGGACCUCCAGGGUGAGAACUGACUGCCUUAAUGGGAAAUCACUGGUUUUUAACCUGUGCCUGUCUGAGAAUCACAAAGGAGUCACCAGGAAUUUAAUCUUGGGAGCAGGAAAUGAGUCUGAAGCCCAGGAGUGGGUGGCAGCCAUUUCUGCUCAAAGUGCUGAAAGUGAAUCACAAAACAAGAAUGCUGGGAGAUGCUGAGCACUGAUCUGCUUCAGUGUCGGAAGGAAUGAAGUGGACCCAGUGUCUGAUCUGCCCAUCUUCCCCAUCCACCUGUCAGUUGUGUUGCUUGCUGCUGAACAAUGACUGCAAUGCUGAGGGAAACAGAUUAGGUUGAACCCUGUCUAACUCUCCUGUAUGUUAGUGAAGCUAUGAAGCUAUAACAUGUCACAAAUUAAUCCCUGUUACAUAAAGGUUGAGGACCAAAUUGGACAUUAAGCUGGCACGUAAAAGUGAGCAACUUUGAUCAUGUUCCAUUUGGGGAAAUUCAUUGGAAAACCUAGUUCUGAUGGAAAAAGCCUUGUGCUUGAUUGAUUAUUAUUGGAUGGCAUUGGAUCAGAGAUAAACUGUGUCCAUCCAUUAUAAACAUUUAUUGAAGACUGCAAUAUCACAAAUCUAUUAGUGUGAUUCCAUAUUUUGACACAAAGGUCCUUGUGGAAUUGCCUUUAUUAGGCUACACGACCAAGGAGAUGCCCAGAAGCCAGUUCCUUUUCAUGGACAGUGCUAGCCUUGAUAUUUGGACUUGUGGAACCUGGACUUAAUGAGCCACAUGCAUUGCUCCAAUACAAACCUGUUCUGUCUUCUCACAGUGGCACCUUGCCUGUUUUGGACUUCUGAUGAACCAGGUUUUGUGUUAUGUCGAAGAACUUGGGCCCUGGCUUUGCAGAAUCAUGUGGGUACUUCUGAACACUGGCAUUUAUCACACUUGUGAAAUUCUGCAAAUAAUUUGCUUCUGUUUCUUUUAUCAUAAUGUGCAAAGAGCUAAUAAAGAUUUUAGGGUUUACUAAACUUUCCACAAGUUCUCUUCACUCUAUCAACCUCCAUUUCUCCAAGAUUCUGCCCUCCAGUUUAAUAGUUCCUUUUGAGUUUGGAACUGUAAUGCAGAUUGUGAGCUGCUGCAUCCAAUGGGGAAAUGUAUUUGCCUGUUGCUGAUCUUGGUGCCUAGUAGCAGUGAUUAAAGAUCA